AAAGAGCCAAGCAAAGCGCAGCACGCAUCGCAAACUUCAACGCCAUCGUCCCGAGUCUCCUUUUCUGCGAAUCCAUAGCGGGUUUUUCUUUUGAUAGCCGUUCGUCUCUUCUCCGAUUCAUCUCCGCUGCUCCCCUUGCCUCGAUAAGCAAGAUGGCGAACCCUCUCGACACAGAUGCUGGCUCGGAACUCUUCAGCUCCUACGAGGCCGAACUCAAGCUUGUACAGGCCGACCUGGCACAAAAGCUAGAUCAGAUACCUGAUCUCACCGGCGAACCGCGCAAGGCUGCUGUCAGCCAAGCUGAGCGCGCCUUGGAGGAAGCAGAUGAACUGCUGGGCCAAAUGCGACUUGAAAAACAAAAUAUCCCGACAUCUGCACGAGCCAAAGUUAACCAGCGCUUCCGCAACUACGAAUCCGACAUCGAUGCGAGCCGCCGAAAGCUCACAAGUCUCUCCUCCAACCGCGCUGCUCUCUUCGGCUCGCGGUACACUGAUGAGCCAUCAGGAGACAUCAACUUGGAACAACGACAACAGCUGCUGUCAGGAACCGAAAGACUCGACCGAAGCACGCAGCGGCUUUUAUCUAGUCAGCGACUCGCCAACGAAACAGAGGCUAUUGGAGCAGAAACCUUGGCCGACUUGCACCGUCAAGGUGAAGUCAUUCGCCAUACACAUGAUACCCUCUUGGACAGCGAAAAUUAUGUCGACCGCAGCGUCAAGACCUUGAGGGGGAUGGCUCGGAGCAUGGCGACGAACCGAGUGAUUACAAUUUCCAUCAUUACCAUCUUGGUGCUUUUGAUCGUUGCCGUCAUUUUCAGCAAGUUCCGAUGAAGGCAAGGCUUUGCCUGGAGUUAUACGGGCGAUCCGGAGUUUAAUUAACUGGACUUAUUGCUUGGCUUUCUUUUCUUUGCUUUUUGCACAAUACAGACUUGCACAUACAGAUCAUACGAGCACGGGUAGCAGCAGGGCAAUAAUUACAGUAAUAAUGGUUGACAUAGCGUUGCAACCCUCUCUUCCUCAGCACGCCCUGUCGACGCUAUAUGAUUUAUGUCUAUUGUGGUUGCACUUUUUUACACUAUACAGGUUAAAUAGAGCGUUUUCAGUGUCCAAAAUCUCUCUUACACGAGCAAAUUGUUCUCAUCAGUCCAGUCGUAAAGUCCUCAUCCAAUAGACCGGAAUUCCAGUC